CAGCUGCACAUCAAAGAUGCAGAGCCUUAUAACAAAAAUCGCCACUGGGAAGAUGAGCACCUACGCUGCGAUCAUAUCUAUCUUCACCUUCACUAUUUUGCUCGACAGGGAUUUUUCCUGCUCCUGCAAACCACAAGUACCGACCUGCAACCUGUACAUGUAUCUGCCACCCUUUAUAAUUUUUUUAUUAAUGCUGUUGGCGGACAGGUCUUUCCAAAGAGUCUGUAGAUACUAUUGCUCACAUUGUAAAUGCUCCUGCAGUCCUUGCUGGUUUUUGAUCCAACACAUUUUAAGGGCAUUUUUAGUCGCCUUGCUGUGGGUUGCUUUUUUGUACCUCGAUGGAGACUGGUAUGUUUGCUGUAAGAAUGACGGCUCUGAACAACAGGCAAAGUUAGCCUGCAAAGCUGAGAAGGAUAUCACUCUCAACGAUACAGGUCUCAAAGCUGAACUGAAGAACUCAUCCCGGCGUAUCGGUGGCUGGAUUAUAUCUGGAAUUGUUUUAGGGGCUUUCGUCUUGCCAUUGCUUGUAAGAUGGAAAUGCUGUGGGAAAGAAUUUCUGUAUGACAAACUGAUUAUGAUGGAGGAGGGAAAAUUGCUGAAAGAGGUUCUGAGGAAUUCAGCAAAAGAGAGGUUGACUGAAGGAAUGAGCAAAAUCAGUGUGAACGAAUGGGAAAAGUGUUUCGAUUUUGCCAGACAGCUGAUUGACAAAGACCCGCCAGACCUGCCAGUGAAGCCACGGCCACUGCCCACCACUGCAGGACCAGAAGUCAACCCUGACCGACUAAAACCGCUAAUAAAGGAUGAUGCAGUCCAGGAUGAUGCAGGCUAGAAUAUACCCUUGCUCUCUGUAUCUAGACGGGCUGAUCAUCGAGGAGGCACACCCUGAAGAGUUCUGUCUCUCCAUGGAUCAUGAUCUGAUGAUGACUGCAGAGCUGAAGUGUACCUUGUUUAAAAUGUCAACUGUAAAAUGUGUUAUAUGAAGUUUAGGACUUUAGGUGAUACAUCUCUUCAUCACGUAGUUCAGCUUUAUGUAGGUUUAUUGGUCAUUGCCCCCCCGAUUUGAUUUCUGUAUAAACUGUAUAGUGGAUCUAGGCUGCAGUAGCUCAGUCUGUACAGACGGUGCUUUGUAACGGAGGGGCGCCGGUUUACUACACCUUCAUGCAUAAAUAUGGCUUACAAUUAUUGCAAUUAAAGAAAUGUUUUGUCAAUAUGACAACAUUUAUUUAAUGUAGCUUUUACUUAGAGAUACUGAAUAUUAAGGAAUUAAGAAUGUUAUACAAAAACUCGCUUGAUAAUGAUCUGAUGCAAAAUAAAUCUGGUUUUAAUUAAAUAUAUAUAUUUUGAUUGAGUUCAGUAAACUUUCUAUUUGAACAUUUA